AUGAUUCUCGUGGUGCUCUACGUCGAUGAUCUCAUCCUGGCCAGCAGCAACAACGAACUCCUCAAGUCAACCAAGAUGGCGCUGAGCAAACGCUUCGAAAUGACGGAUCUCGGUGAGCUCGAUUACUUUCUCGGCAUGGAGAUCAAAGAACGACCGUAA